CCUUGUGAAACAAAAUUUUGUUAGCAGUUGGAAACCCUGUAUUAUGAAAAGAAAAGCUAUCACUUAACAACCCUGAACACUUGAAUUUUCUUUUGUUACGUUCAAUCGUUUAAUUUAACUUCUUGCACUUUAGAAAUUUUAUUUAUUUGUCUGCUUAUUGCUUAAUAUAAAUAUGUCUACAACUCAAACUACCAAAAACUGCAUCACGUUACGUGGCUCCGCACAAAUUAUUGCUGAAUAUUUAAAAUAUGGUAUUAAUUCAAUUCUAUUUCAACGUGGUAUUUAUCCACCCGAAACUUUUGAGAAUACACAGCAAUAUGGUAUAACAAUACUAAUGUCGAAAGAUAAAAAGAUUGAAGAGUUUUUGUCAAAUGUCUUACAGCAAACGGAAGAUUGGCUUGCGAAAAAUAUGAUAGAGAAAAUCUCGAUGGUGAUCACAAAUGCGCAUACCAAAGAAGUUUUGGAGUGUUGGGACUUCAAAAUGCAUGCCGAAUUGGGUGAUGGUGAGGUUGGCGAUUCUACAAAACUAACAUCGAGCAAGGAACUGAAACGUAUACAAAAUGAAAUACGCGAUGUUAUGCGACAAAUAUCUGCCACGGUUAGUUAUUUACCGUUGCUCGAUUGCAUUUGCACUUUUGAUAUCAUGCUUUAUACAUUGCAAAAUUGUGAGAUUCCCGAAAAAUGGGAUGAGACCGGAGCAGUUUUUAUACAAAAUGCGCAAGCUGUGCAGUUGCGCUCUUUCUCAACUGGUUUGCAUAAAGUUGACACCGUAGUUAAUUAUAAAAUGGCAUCGUAAUGUAGUUUAACAUCGCCUUUUAUUGCUAUUAAGUUACUGGUGCACAAAUUAUUUAAUUAUGUUAAUUCAAUCAUUUUAUAUCUGCAUUUUUGUAAUUCAUAUGUAUUGCUCUUUACUUUUAAGUCCUGAUAAUUCACAAAUAAAAUUACAGAUAACAAUUGUCAAUAUAUCAAACUAAAAUAAGGGAUGUAUCUGUUUUUUUUUUUUAUUAUAAAUGCUAUGAUAAAUGAACAAUGGAAAACAUUGAAACAAAUGUUAGUUUUAAAUUUGAAAUAUCUAUGUGUGUUGUUUUUUCUGGAAAUUAUCCAUAAUAU